UUAGACUCGAGUGCGUCAUGUGAUGCAAUUUCCUCCCUGCAAACUAUUUUGAAAUAUUCGCUGAAGAGGAUUUGUACUUUAGUUCUAAAUGGAACACCUAGUCUCGCCCGGGUUCAGACAGAAAGACCGUGGAGAGAGACGAAGUAAUAAUUACCCUCCCAGUUAAACUUCAUCCUAUGCAGCCCCACGACAGUCUGAUUGCUCUUCUAAGUGCAAAAAAAACUGCUUGAAAGACAAACCCGUCCGAGCUACAUAGUGUGCACUGAGAGAACUUUGCGUUAAGUAGAUAGCUGGGGGAGUAAAGAUUGCUCAGCACCUGCAAUGGCGUUGAAUCUGUGUAGUUGGCUGAAGUGACUCCUAGGUUAACCCUGCUGAGGGUUCCAGCUAUUUUUAUUUUUUUGACAGGAAUUUCCAUAAUGACCACUUUUGAAUGUUCAAAUUCAAAUAAUUUUGAGACAUUUCAACUAAGGAAAGACCAAACCUGGGAAGUCAGAGCUAACAACAGGAGAUAUCACACCCAAGUCAAGGAACCUUUCUUCCUCUGCUUUAAGACAAGGAAAUAUGCUGGCAAUGAAAUUAAGACUUCAAAAUACAAUGUUGUUACCUUUCUACCUCGCAACCUGUUUGAACAGUUCCAGCGAGUUGCUAAUUUCUACUACUUGCUUAUUGUUAUUCUCCAGGCUGUACCUGCUAUUACUACUCUGCCUUGGUACACAACAAUGAUUCCACUCACCUUCGUUUUAGGAAUAACAGCCGUUAAAGAUCUCAUUGAUGAUAUUGCACGUCACAAGAGCGACAAAGAGAUCAACAACAGACCAUGCGAUGUUCUUGUUGAGAAAAGCUUCACAAUUGCAAAAUGGAAAGAACUCCAAGUAGGUGAUGUGGUUUGUCUGAAGAAGGAUGACUUUGUUCCAGCUGAUCUGUUCUUGCUGUCUAGUUCGGAGCCAAAUAGCCUGUGUUAUGUUGAAACAGCUGAAAUCGAUGGUGAGACCAACCUGAAAUACAGACAAGCAUUAAGUGUUACACAUGAUGAGGUGAACACCGUGGACCAACUAGCACGGUUUGAUGGUAGGAUUAUCUGUGAAAAGCCAAACUGUGACCUACACUCAUUUACAGGCACAUUAUUUUGGAAAGGACAAGAAUUCUCACUUGACAAUGAGCAAAUAUUACUCCGAGGUUGUAGAAUACGAAAUACAGAAAAGUGCUAUGGGGUGGUUUUAUUUGCAGGGGUGGAUACAAAAAUAAUGAAAAACAGCGGGAGAUAUAUCUUGAAGAAAACCAGAAUUGAGCGCCUCAUGAAUCGUGUGGUGUUUCUCGUCCUCUUGAUUCUCGCUGGUUUAUCGUUCUGCCUCGCAGCUGGAGGUGCUGCCUGGGAUGAGAAAUUUGGAAAGAAAGCUCCAUAUCUCGACAUUGAAUCCGAGAAUUUCAGUCCAGGAUAUCGAGGCUUUCUGUCUUUUUGGGGCUACGUUAUUAUUUUGAACUCGAUAUUGCCAAUGUCACUUUACGUUACUUUUGAACUCCUUCAUGUAGUCCAGAGCUUUUUUAUUAACUGGGAUAUAAAGAUGUACUGUGAUGAGAGAGACAGUCCCGCCAAAGCAAGAACAACUACCCUGAAUGAAGAACUUGGCCAAAUAAAGUACAUUUUUUCAGAUAAAACUGGAACUCUAACCCAAAACAUCAUGACCUUUAAGAAAUGCAGCAUCGGUGGACGGAUAUAUGGCAAUCAAUUUGAUGAUGUCAAAAAUGCAAAGGUAGUUGACUUUAGCUGGAACACAUUUGCUGAUGAGAAGCUGAAGUUUUAUGACUGCUCGCUGUUGGAACUGAUACGUUCAGGAGAUGACCCAGGAGUUCAUGAAUUCUUCAAAUUAUUGGCGGUUUGUCACACAGUAAUGGUGGAGGCCAAAGAUGGUCAGCUUACAUAUCAAGCUGCUUCCCCAGAUGAAGAGGCUCUGGUAACUGCAGCAAGAAACUUUGGCUAUGUGUUUCUGUCACGUACGCAGGACACAAUAACCAUUAGUGAGCUGGGAGUUCAGAGGACGUAUACAGUGCUGGCAAUGUUGGACUUCAACAGCUUCCGAAAGAGGAUGUCUGUUAUCUUGGAAGAUUCAGAGGGAAAGAUUAAACUGUACUCCAAAGGAGCAGAUGCGGUGAUAUAUGAAAGGCUUUGUCCAAACUGUCCCCACAAGGAGAGCACUCAAAUGGCACUUGAUUACUUUGCUGCGGAAACACUGCGGACAUUGUGUCUGGCAUACAAAGAAGUGGAAGAAAGCUACUUCAAAGACUGGAACCAAAGGCACCACAAAGCUAGCGUCAUUCUACAGAAUCGUGGAAGGUUGCUCGAUGAGUUGUAUGAAGAAAUUGAAAGAGAUCUGGUGCUAAUCGGAGCCACUGCUAUUGAGGAUAAAUUGCAAGAUGGAGUCCCUGAAACCAUUCAGAAUUUGAAGGAGGCAGAUAUUAAAAUUUGGGUACUGACCGGAGAUAAGAAAGAAACGGCAAUUAAUAUUGGAUAUUCCUGUAAGUUACUCUCGGACCGAAUGGUGCUUUUUGAUGGGCAUGAUAUCAGCAAAGCCUUGGAGAAGUUACAGAAGAGCAACUACAUGUACAAGGAUAACAACAUUGCAACAAUUUCUGGGGCCAUAAGCAACAGUGAGCAGCCUGACCUGCUCUCGUGUGACAACAAGGCUCUGAUUAUCACGGGAAGCUUCUUGAACAAGUUCACAAGACGCUUGAAGCAAUCGAAAAGGAAGAAGACAUCUUGCUGGAAGUUGAGAACUGUCAUUAACCCAAAAUCAAGAGAGGAAGUUGACUGUGAAGAGGAGGCUCAUGAGAGAGCAUUUGUGGAGCUGGCCUGUCUGUGCAAGUCUGUCAUCUGCUGUCGUGUCACUCCCAAGCAGAAAGCCAUGGUGGUACAGCUGGUCAAAAAGUACAAGAAUGCCAUCACGCUGGCCAUAGGAGAUGGAGCGAAUGAUGUUAACAUGCUGAAAACGGCGCAUAUUGGAGUUGGGAUCAGCGGACAGGAGGGCAUGCAAGCUGUUUUGUCCAGCGAUUACUCACUCGCUCAGUUCCGCUACCUUGAACGGCUGCUUCUGGUUCAUGGACGAUGGUCUUACUUAAGGAUCUGCAAGUUCCUGAGAUAUUUCCUAUACAAGACAUUUACGUUUUCCUUUGUCCAAAUCUGGUUUGCAUUCUUCAGUGGAUUUUCUGGUCUGUCUGUCUUUGAGAAGUGGUGCAUCUCUUUCUACAAAGUGGCAUACAGCUGGCUGCCUGUCCUCCUGUUGGGAGCACUGGAUCAGGAUAUAAGUGACAAACUAAUUACCAAGUGUCCAAAACUCUACAAGAUUGGACAAUGCAAUGAACUCUUCAAUUAUAGGAUCUUUUUAAUUACUCUAUUUCACGGUCUUCUCAGUUCAGUAGUUAUAUUUUUUAUACCAUAUGGAGCAUUCUUGGAUACUACAGGGAAAGAUGGCAUAGCAGUCUCAGAUUACCAGUCUUUAUCAACAACUAUUGGCACUGCUGUGGUAAUUUCUGUUAAUAUAGAGGUUAUGUUAGAGAUUUCAUAUUGGACAGUUCCCACUGUUUUGUCUAUCAUCAUCAGUCUUGCACUAUACUUUUGCAUCACCUUUCUAACCCAAAGCACCUUCUUGACUCAACUAGCACCAGAUAUGUUCCAGUUCCAUGGAGCAGCGUUAAAUAUUUUUAAACAGCCUUAUGUCUGGCUCACCAUCCUACUGACUAUUGCUGUAAAUUUUAUCCCUUCCAUUACAAUACGAUUAAUUUGGCGAGUCUUCCACUCCAAAACUGCAGGAAGAGCUACUUACGAAAAUCUAAACAAAAGUCAGCAAACAUCAAAUAACAAGGCCACUCACUUCAGAAGAGGUUCGACACAACGGCGCUCCGCCUAUGCCUUUUCACAGGACAAAGGCUACGCUGACCUCAUCACCUCAGGGGCAAGCAUCCGAAAGAAGAGACCUGCUUCAGGUACAAACACAAUAACAAACACCUUCUCCCAAAGUAUGCCUGAAGGAGAAACAGAUGUGGUGCAGGAAAGAUUCUGAAGUCAUGCAUUCACUAAGACGUUGGAAAACGUUCUGAUACUGUUUCGAGGACCAUUGUGGUAAAUAUUGAAAAGGCUAGGAUUCUGACUGACUGAAGACUGUGCUAGGCCACAAUAAGAGUCAGUUUAGUUGCUGCAACUUGAAUGAAACAGAGUGCCUUUCCUCCUGACCUGUUAGUGCCUAUAUAUAAUGUAUUGUUAUUUCCGUCUAUUUAAAUCUAGUUAUGUGAUUUUCUUUGACUGUUAAUUUUUAGAAUUUGUUCUGUGGUGCAAGGGAAUCUUUGAUUGGAUUUCUUAGUUUUGGUGUCUGAAAGCCAAAGCCCAUUCAGGUUUCCAAACUUAAAGAAAUUCAAUUUGUAUAACUAGACCACUACAAAGAAACAUUGUGAUUAUGCUUUCCUGUUGCCCUAGCAGUGAUCACACACAUGGUAAAUACUUGAUAUAUAACCUAAACUAAAGCAUCUAUGAUUAAGAGAGAAAUUUUAACUUAAUUCACUGGGUUAGGUGGGGUUCUGGCUUUUAUACCCAGUAUAACAUUGCACUUCACCAUCUUCAACAGGGAAUAAAAUUGGUGGGUAUAAAGCCAAUGGUUAAGUUAGAAAUACUUGUAAAUAUUUAGUUCUCAUUAAGGAUUAACCUUCACCAGAUCAUCAUAACUCAUAUAACAGAACAAACAUAAUGUUGUUAGACAACUAAAUGUCAGGUAUAGAUCUAUUCUUCACUAGCAGAGUAAUGUCCAAUAGAAAUCUCUGACUAAGCACACGUCACCAUGGUGACAACAAUUAAGCAAUAUGACAUUCAAUACAAAGACGUAUUGAAUAUUCAUUCAACUUAAAUCUACCAACUCACUGAGAAAUUCUGUCUUUCAGCAAAGUUUGGAAUUCUGAUGUUAAUUGAACAGACACAUCAGAUUUUAGUAUCCUAAGUUUUUGACCAGCUGCACUGAAUGUUAUUUGGACUUCAUCAGAGAGAUUGCUGGGAAUGUUAAUGUCCACAGCAAGACAUGCCAGGCCUGUCCAUGCUCUGGUUUGCCGCAUUCACUUGCUGGCCUGGAGCAGUUAUUUCGAUCGGUCGAGCUGAUCUCAAUGUCAACUCCCCUCUCUGUUUGAUAUUUUUGGUGUUUCCAUGGUGUUAUAGUUCCAUGGUUUCAUUUGACUCCAUUUUAGCAGGCAGCCAGUAACUGAGGAAGUAAAUGACACAUCCUAUGCUGUUCACACCUUUUCACAAACAAAGGUACAAACAUGUUCAAAUGCACAUGCAGUUACUGUGUGAACAUGAAUAUUGAGAUAUCAUGCUUAGUAACAGUGUAUGUUACCUACUUUUGUUAAUUAAACAUUUACUUUUUCCUAUCUGGAUUCUUGAUUCGCCACACAUGGCUAGUGACAAACAUUUUGGACAACAUUUCACUAAAAACAAAAAUAUUUAAUGAAUUGCUCCAAUGCCUAAACCAAAAAUGUUUAGAUAAAUGCUUUCUACUUAAUGUUCCAAGCAUUACCAGGCAAUCACUUCAUGUAAUGUCUUAAGUUUAAUCAGAUGUAAAUGUGUAUUAAGUUGCCAGAAAUCAGAGAUUCAUUCUCUCCCAGUGUCUCUCUAAUCAUUUGAUUGUUAAUAGUAUGCAUUUCAUUCAAAUUGACUCAAUAUUUGUAACAAAAAUUGAUGUUCAGGAUUGCUGUUUGCACAUGCAUGCCAGCUUUAUAUCCGAAGUUCAAGUAACCCAAAUUGGACCAUUUAUUGUCACUUCAAGACUUAAGUUCAUUUCAACACUAUUGGUAUGGUAUUCAUUUUAGUAGCAUGCCAUUCAUUUUGUCAAUUAUUAUUAUUAAAAUGAUCUCUUAAAAUUUCCAAAAUAUAGUAUUCCCUGAAGCAACCACAUAUUAAAUAAUGAGUCGAAGCUCAAACAUGGACUCUCGGUGAUUUAUAUGCCUCAAGCACCAUCCAUUAGAAAACUUCAAUAAUGGAUUUGCAUGAAUGUAAAUCCAAAUCAAUUUUUUUUAUUAUUAUUGAACCUAAGGUUAAAAAAAAACAAAAGCAUGAUAUGCCAUGGAUAGCUUUGUAAUGUUCCCAGCGCUUCAUUGUUCUGCAGCCUGGAUGAACUUUGUGUUCCAAAGAUAAUCAUAGAGCAUGCAGUCAGCCUUAAAUGGUGCUACCUUAUAGGUACUGUAAAUGAAAAUGAUCUCUCUCUCCCAUUUGAGUAGAGCAAGUAUAGGAAUGAACUCUUCCCUAAUUCCAAGAACCCAAGAGCCUCUCCAUAAUCUGGUCAUUAUAGGACUCAAUUAUUUGACCAAGUUAAACAUUCUUAUCCUCAAGUACAAAACAUUGGAUUUGUUUCAGAAUUCACCAAACUCAUAUCUGGUCACAAGCUGAACUUGUUUCUGAAAUCAAUUUGACCUUCAUCUCCAGCACCCCCCAUCCCUGACAUGGUCAGAGCUAGUAUCUGCAGAUAGGAGUAUGGGUUGGGAGAUGCUUUAUUAUUGACCUUUAUGUGGUAUAUUAUUUUAAAUGAAAAGAAAUCUGAACGCUCCAUAUUAUUUUUAAAUAAUGCCAUUAGAGUUCAUUACACAGAGACUAUAUUUACCUAUAAUGUAUUUUUGAUAUUUUUAUAUUCAAACUGUUUAUUCAUAAAAUGAUUUUACUGUAAAUGUGCAAUGAAUAAAUAGGCUACAGCAACUGUUAACAAAUCCAUAUGAGACAUAGAUUGAAAAUAUUUGGAUGAACCGUGUAUUUUAUCUGAAAGAAGAUAUUAUCACUGUGAAAAGUCCUUGACAAAUGUGCUGUUACAUUAGUAGAAAUUGUGAGCAGCACUGUUCUUAUGCAAACACUUGAUGCAAUUUUACCAAAUUUUUCUGUAAUGUAUUUCCUCACAAACGGCAAUCUGUUUAAGAACAGUGCUGACUGUAAUUUGCACUCUCAUAUCUAUGUAUAUGAAAACAAAUUGUAAUGAGACAUUACACUGUGAAAUUGCUCACUUCAUUUGGGUAAAUAGUGUUCUGUUAAAUAAAUGACUGAGAUUAUAAAACCA